AUGUUGCACCAUGCACUCGUCGUUGCGGCCACGUGUUCGCCCGAUUCUGACGUGUCGCGAAGGAAGGCGCUGAGCCCAGAAGUUCCGAUGACGGCCGUGGACCCUCGGAAGCCGCCUCCGGCCCCGGAGACGUAUCCCGUGGUCUUGAAGGAAAUUGACUGCCAGUUCUACGUCGGCACUUGGGUCGUGCAUCAUGCAGAGGAGUGGCACGAGCUGAUGACGACUCUUCAGAAACGGUCCCACGAGGAAUUGGACAGAAGGAGGCAGUUCUACUUCAAGUGGUUCCAGAAGCUCCACCCGGACUCCAUGCCCGAGUCGCGGUGGGAGGACUUGGUCAUGUUCCACGUGGAGCCUUACUUCGAGGGGAGGGAGCACCAGAUCGAAAUUGUCUUGGACCAGAGCCACGGCGACCACACGUUGAUCGCCGACACGGGGGACAUGAUCAAGCAUGAGGAGAUUCUCACCAUGUUUGUGACGCCCGGCUCCUUCGAGGCGGGGCUGCCUCUAGGUCAGGAGAAGCUUCCGGAGUAA